AUGCGUUCCAAGUUCAAGGACGAGCAUCCCUUUGAGAAGCGCAAGGCUGAGGCCGAGCGUAUUCGCCAGAAAUAUGCCGACCGUAUUCCAGUGAUCUGCGAAAAGGUUGAGAAGUCAGAUAUCGCAACCAUCGACAAGAAGAAGUACCUUGUUCCUGCCGACUUGACCGUCGGUCAGUUUGUCUAUGUGAUCCGCAAGCGCAUCAAGCUCUCUCCCGAGAAGGCCAUCUUCAUCUUUGUCGAUGAGGUCCUACCACCAACGGCUGCGCUGAUGAGCAGCAUUUACGAAGAACACAAGGAUGAGGACGGGUUUCUAUACAUUACAUACUCCGGCGAGAACACCUUUGGUGACCUGUGA